CAGGAUUCCCGCCGCCGCCUCCGCCUCCUCCCGGCAGAGCGUCUGCGGGACCUGCAAGAUGGCGGAUGGCGGCGGUGGUGCGGCGGCGGCCUCGACGGCGCCCACUCCUCCCCCUCCCGAGGGCCGGGGCUCGUGCGCUGGCUGGAUCCAGCGCUUGCGGGCCGGGCUAGCAGGGGCUGGCGUCUCGCUGUGGGUCGUGACCGGCCUGGGGCUGCUCUACGCUUUGAGGGCGCCCCUGAGGCUGUGUGAGAACCUGGCGGCGGAAUGCAAGGUAUGGCGAAACCCUUUAAAUCUUUUCAGAGGGGCUGAAUACAGAAGAUAUACAUGGGUGACGGGCAAGGAACCACUUACAUAUUAUGACAUGAACUUGUCAGCUCAGGAUCAUCAGACCUUUUUCACUUGUGAUACUGAUUCUCUACGUCCUUCAGAUACAGUGAUGCAGAAGGCAUGGCGAGAGAGAAAUCCUCCAGCUCGUAUCAAAGCAGCUUAUCAAGCUUUAGAACUGAAUAAUGACUGUGCCACUGCCUAUGUUCUGCUAGCGGAGGAGGAGGCCACGACCAUUGUGGAUGCUGAGAAGUUAUUUAAACAGGCCCUCAGAGCUGGGGAGACAAUUUACAGGCGGUCACAGCAGCACCAGCACCAGAGUCCUCAGCAUGAAGCCCAACUUAGAAGAGACACUAAUGUAUUGGUUUAUAUUAAGCGAAGACUAGCAAUGUGUGCGAGAAAAUUAGGAAGAAUAAAAGAAGCAGUAAAAAUAAUGAGAGAUCUAAUGAAAGAGUUUCCUCCUCUUAGUAUGUUGAACAUCCAUGAAAAUCUCCUAGAAUCCCUUCUAGAAUUACAGGCUUAUGCAGAUGUUCAGGCAGUUCUAGCAAAAUAUGAUGAUAUCAGUCUUCCAAAGUCAGCAGCAAUUUGUUACACAGCAGCACUAUUGAAGACUAGGACUGUGUCAGAUAGAUUUUCUCCAGAAACAGCAUCUAGAAGAGGACUGAGCACUGCAGAAAUUAAUGCUGUGGAAGCAAUUCAUAGAGCAGUGGAGUUUAACCCUCAUGUUCCAAAAUACUUACUUGAAAUGAAAAGUUUAAUAUUACCCCCAGAACAUAUUCUGAAACGGGGGGACAGUGAGGCAGUUGCCUAUGCUUUCUUUCAUCUUCAGCACUGGAAGCGAAUAGAAGGUGCCCUUAAUCUGUUGCAGUGUACGUGGGAAGGCACCUUUAGAAUGAUUCCAUACCCAUUAGAGAAAGGCCAUCUAUUUUACCCUUAUCCCAGCUGCACAGAGACAGCCGACAGAGAACUAUUACCCACAUUUCAUCAUGUUUCUGUUUACCCAAAGAAGGAACUUCCUUUUUUCAUUCACUUCACAGCAGGCCUGUGUUCCUCUACAGCAAUGCUUGCCCUUCUCACCCAUCAGUUUCCUGAAAUCAUGGGUGUUUUUGCUAAAGCUGUAAGUAUGGUCUCAAGGACUUGCUUAGAAUAUUUGUGAGACACACAGGAAACUGUUCUGAUUUGUCUGUGCAAUCCAGUUGAGAUGUGAAAAAUGUGCAUUUAGAGUAAUUAUGAGUCAUGUCUUGUAUAGUUGCUGCCAUGGAGCCAUCAAAUUUGGGUCUUAGAUGAUUUGACCUAUGAUUCUGUAACUUUAACAAAAAACUUGAAAGAGUGCAGUGCUGAACAUUAUAAAGUUGGUCCCUAUAGAUCAUUCUUCAUAGUAAUACAGCACUCAUUACUAACUUAAGAACAAUCCAGUUUUUCUUGGCUUGCUUACCAUUAUUGUAUGUUUUGUUUGGCAUUUUAAAAAAAAUUCCAUAUUUUAUGAACAAGGCUUCUGGUUUUCCAUUUAAUCUAAAUCAUUAGUUCUAAGAUCCACUCAAUUUAAGUUAAAUUUAGUAAUAUAGCCAGAGUGAUGCAAGAAGAUGAUUAGAUCAGCUGCCCAGGAUACAGAAUGUGAUUUGACUUGAAAGUUGCCCCUGGCCACUGCAUCUCAUUUGCUGUCCUGAUUUGAACACAUCACCAUUGGGUUCUAUGUCCCAGGCAGUGCUUGUAUGCUGAAGUUCAAAGAACUCAUGCCUCACGGUGUCAGUAUCUUCAUCAAGGAUAAAGAGAUACAGUUCUUGGAAUGUGUGAAGUAUAAAAAUAACAUCUUACAUCUUUGAGUGACCUUAUAUAUUAAUAUGUAUUGGUGCUAAGAGAAAACUCAAAAACAGAACCCUUUUCAUUUUCAAGUCUUCCACUGCUAUUUUCUUAUACAUCUUUCCACCUUCACACUGGAGACAUUAAAAGAUGAUAAGAAUUGGAACAUAUCAAGAAAAAGGUGAUACUUCACUCAAUUAAAGACCUUACUUUCCAAUGUUUAGAUUCAAGGAAAGAUAUUGCAUUGUAGGUUAGUGGUUCUAUCAGCAGUGAUACUUGAAGUCAGAAAUUUUUUUUGGGGGGGUGGGGGAGGUAACAGAGAGGGUCAAAAAAAAUCCUUCAUUCUUCAUAAAGUUUUUAUCUGUUUUUCCUCCAGCUGUUUUUUCUCAACCUCCCUCCCCCCCCCCCCCUCCAUGGUUUUAAAACCUAUUUAAGUGACAGCCUAUUCUGUGCCUUAAAGAUCAGCUGGUUUUCCUCUAGCAUCAGUGUUAUGAUUGCUGGUCCCCCUCCCCCCCACUUUUCCCUGAAGGUCAGCUUCACAAUGUGUUAAGUUGCCACUGGCACUUAGCCUGGGAAUCUGAGUUUGCACUUGAUCAUUGGUCAAGCCUCAAGAAGACUGACUCUACACUGUUGUUUAAGAAUGGAUAUUUAGAUUGGAAACAAAUUAUUCUGUUUCCUUUUAGUAUAAAAAGGGAGCUUAUUGAUCACACUGUUACUGUUUCCUGUAGUGCUACUGGGUAAGGAAAGAGAUUAUUCUAUAGAAUUCUGCUUGCAUUAUUUUUCAUGGAGAGGAAUGGAUUCCAAAGAGAAUCCUAUCCAUUUCACAGUUUGAAGAAAGAUUAUAACGUGCAUAUGGGUUCCUGGAAACUUAGAGAGAGAACUUGUUUCUAGGUAUAUGAAAGAGUAGCUGGGUCAGUAAGGAAGAAGAUGAAUCUGGAAUAGACUUGUAGAUAUUGGAACAACUGACCUUAUUCCCUUGAGAGUAGUAGCCAAGAGCUUGGGUGGAGUAUAGUGUUUACACCAUCUAUGAUAGAUUGGAUGUAGUGCCUGCCAUGAUCUGCAAGAUCACUGAUCUUAUAAGAACCACAUGGACUAAAUAGACUUCUGGUAGCGUAUAAUCCACACCCAUUAUUCUCUUUAUGAAUAAAUAGCGAAUUUUGAGGUGAAACCUUUUAUAGAUUAAAAUGUAAUCAAGCCAAGUAAUCUAUGCUGCAAAAAUUCCUUGUACUAUUAAAGCCUCUAGUUCUUGUAGAAUAGACUUUUCACCAUUAACUUUUGAUUUAAAAUAUUUAUAUAUUUGUAAUUUUGUUCAAUUGAUAAAAAGAUUUUUGUAUGUAAUUUUUAAAAUGGUAUUCUGCCAAAAAGUGAAUUCUUACAGGUCAUGGCUUAUCAAAAAGAUUUUUACAUAUAUACAUACAUACAGAUUAUAUAUGAUCUUAAAAUUUCUAAAGUUGUGAGAAGACAAAAAAUAGCUUUAGAUUAAUACUGAGAUAUUGUCAUUUAGAGGGAAUUAUCUAAUUGUUAUAGAUGGGAUACUAAGCAAGAUACAAUUCUCAGUUUAUGAAUUUACCUAUAGUUACUGGGAAGUGAGCCACUUUCAUUAUCUGGUACUUCUCUACUCUUCCCAUUCACCUGCCCAUUGAUUUUGGAUUCAGUUGACUUUGGGUGGGGAAGAAGAGAGCUGUCAGAAAUACUAAUGUAAUCUUUCUUAUACAAAUGUAUAAUUUGGUCUCCCAUGCAUGUACACAGAAAGGGAAGAUCUGUUCUUGGAUUUUCUCUUAGAAAUUUCUAGAAGUGGUAGUUUGCUAUUCUUGAAACACUGUAGGUAUUUUACUGAUUAUAUAAUCUUUUGUGGAAUGGUCUGUAAACUUAACCAUUCAGCACUUUCCAAUUAUAAGAAAAAUCCAUUAAAUUCUAUACAGCCUAAUUAAAAGUGAACUUUUGAAACAACUCAUUCCUAAUUUAGCAGCUGCCUAUUGUUAGGCAUUCAUUGAGUCCUUAAGAUAUUUGUUAGAGAGAGCAACAUAACAGAAAUUGGGGAUGAGUUUUUGAAGCAUGCUUGUUUAGUCAAGGAAAACCUUUCAAAAAUUUUUCUUGGUGAGUUUAUUUCACCAUGAACAUUAUCUCUCAUUUCCCUCAUUCCAAUUGGAGCUUUAUAAAAUUGUUACAAAAAUUUAUUUUUUUCUAAACUGUCUUUAAGAAAUUUUGAUAUUCUUUUGACUUAAAAAAAUCAUAAAAUGUUAGAAUUGGAAAAGAUUUUGGAAGUCAGCUAGUUUAACCUCUGUCCAAAUCAUAAAAAUCCCAAAUAACAUGGAUUAUCCAGAUGAUUAACUUCUACAUAAAGAUCUCCAAUGACACAGAAUUCAUUACCCCCAAAACGAACCAAAAAAGAUCGAUGUUACAUGCUCAUUUAAAUGAUAUUGUACUUUAUAGAACUCAACUUCACUUUUACAAAACUGAAAUUUUUUCUUGGAUAUUAUGAAAACUUCGUCUAACAUCAAGUAAAGAAAAAGAAAGAAGAUAAGAAGCAGAACAUGCUGAUACCAUACUUGAUAUUCUUCUUUGCCAAAAUAUCUGAAAAAGGAAGGAUUGCCUUAAACAGUAGUUUUCUUUCCUUACUUGCUAUGUUAAAUAUUAAAAUUCAGAGUAAGGGUAGUUUAAUUGUAAUAUGAUUCCUGUUAUCUGAGAAGAACUUUUCCUCAGGAAUGAUUCUGCAAGUUCCUUUAAAAAGCCAGCCCUACUCCCCUUGAUUUCCUUUUUUCUUUUUUGUAAAGCAGACUUCCUUCUUAUUCAUUAGCAUUUGAUUGAACCUUCUCCUUAUCAUCAGCACUCCAAAGAGAAGACAUUGAAGGUGUCAGCUAUUGCUCACUAGCCAGCUAAUAAUAUAGUAAUAGAUCUAGGUUUCUUCACGUGACAGAAUUGUUUAUGAAUUUAAAAAUGCCAUAGUUUGGAUUUAGCAAAAGAGGGGAAGCCUAUGAAACUGUGGAAGAAGAUGCUGUAAAUGUGUAAGUAGAGAAUCAGAAAAAUUUCCUGACCCUCCAAAUAAAAUGCUGACCAAUUUCCCCCAAAGCAGCCCUUCACUAAAUUUUUGUCCUACUCACUCUGUAUUAUAGUUAUGCUGCUCAGGGAGUGGGCCCCGUUUCCACAUAGUUCUUCUAAUCUUUAUGUGGGAAAAUAUAGUUGGACAUGCCAGUGAUGAAUUUCUGAGCAACUUAUAAUUGGCUAGCUCCAGUGUAGCCAGGGCCCAACAAUCUGCUUGAUUAAUUCUUUAAGGGCUGCAUUAGCCAAGUUGUAUGAUUUCCAAAGAGAUAGGUCAAAUGUUACACUAACAAAGAACCUCUAUGUAAAAUUUUUGUCUUGGGCUCCUUCAACUCCUUCUCAAAAAUAAUUAACUUUUUUCUUCCAAAAUUGCAUUUAGUUUUGAAUAAAGAUAUGAAUACCAAGUGUUGCCCUCCCUGAGUGGUCACUAAAAGAAGGUCCUUCUGGAUGUAUAAUUUUCUCCAGAGCAAAAUUAAUUUUUGAUCCUGGCUUUAUUUGACAAGAUACCAGUGGAAGAAGAAAUGGUAAAUAUUGUUAUUAAGUAUGCUUAAUAAACCAUUGUUAUGCCCAGCAUUUAGCCUUACUUGAUAUGGUGCUAUUUUGACAAAGUACAACUUUAGGAAGUUAUCUGGAUAAUUCCUAAGUGGUAGAGAGUCUUUUAAAAUAAUAUCUUGUCUCAGAAAGCCUGAGUAGCUAUAACUGAUGUGUGCCUUUUUUGCAAGUGUCACAGUCCUGAAAUUGACAACUUACAGAUGACUUUGUAUGAAAAUUGAUUAUUUUGGAAAUGAAUUUCUACAUUGCAUGCAAAUUCAUAUAGCAAAAAUGAUGUGUUUUCAUCCUUCCCUCCCCCCUAAAAAAAUUUCAACUGAGAUUUUUCUCCUGAAAGCAUUGUUCUGUAACUUCCUGUUGAGGUUAUGCUGUACCAGAGGUUUUUUCAGUGGGAUUCUUAUGAAUAAAAUGAGCCUUCUAGGAGGCAAGUCUGAAUUUUCAA